CAAUUGACAAAGAUCUUGAAGAAUUUUAUUCUUAUCUGAGUAAUUUGUAUACUCAUGAAUCUGAUAGUGAGGAUGAUGAUACUAAUGUUUCGAGUAGUAAGCAUGUGAAUAAAAAUAAUAUAAAUGAUAAGCGUGUAGCUGAAAAUAAAUGCGAAGCAAAAAUUUCUGAUAAGGAAUUAGAAUCAAGACUAGUUGAAGAAUUAGAAUCUAGAAUAGUUGAAGAAUUAAAGCCUAAGCCUGUUGAAUAUGAAGAAGUUAUUAGUGAGGUACAAAUAAAAGACCCUGAUGAGUUAUCAGAUACUAAAUCUGAUGAAUAUGAUAAAUGUUUCACUUCAGGUUCUAAAAAGAUUACUGAUAUAUUUUCACUAAAGAAUGUUAAAGCUUCUGAGUUCUUUGAGUCCUUUGAAUUCCCUAAAUUUACUGAGUUUUCUGUGAAAAAUUAUGAUUUUAUAUUCAAUGACAUAUACAAUAGUAGUGAUGAUGAUGAUAGUAAAUUUAUAUUAGGAUCUUUAGAUUUAUUGUUAAAAAAUAAAAGCAAUAACUUGUGGCUUAGAAUGAAAGAUACUGCUGUUCUAUUUGAUAAAAAAUACAAAAAACAAAAGAAAAUACCUUAUGCAAAUAUAUUAAAAUUAUCUCAAUCUGAAGUUGCUAUUUCAGAUAAAUAUAAUAAUAUGGUUGAUAUAUUUGUCAAAUAUAAUAAUUCAAUCAAUAAUAAUAAUAUAUUAGAUGAAUAUAAUAAUCUAGUUAAUGAAUACAAUGAUAGCCUAGUUAAUGAAUAUGAAGAUAACCUGGUUAAUAAAUAUGAAGAUAAUCUGAUUAAUGAUAAUAAUAUUAAUCUGGCUAAUGAUAAUAAUGAUAAUCUAGUUAUUAAAGAUAAUCAAGAUAAUACACUUUAUUUGAUCUUACAAAACCAACUCAAAAAUAUAUCAAAAAUAUCAAAUUUAAAAGAAAUAAAAUUAAUUCCAAUUAUGAACCAUUCAGAAUGA